AUGUCGGCGGCGGUGGCCGGCGCAGACGGGUCCGCGAGCAACCCGGUGUCUCCCAGCACGUCGCGGAAGGCUUCAGGCGCUACGGAGGCAAACGGCGAGAAGCCGAAGAAGUACAAGUGCCAGUACUGCAGUCGAGCGUUCAGUCGAUCGGAGCAUCGAUCGAGGCACGAGAGAAGUCACACCAAAGAGCGACCUUUCAAGUGUACAAAGUGUAGGAGCACCUUCGUCCGACGGGAUCUGCUUCUCCGACAUGACCGUACCGUCCACGCGAAGGACGGUGGCGUGCCGCUUCAGAGCGAUGCGAAGAGACGGAACACCGGCACCAAGUCGUCACCGAACGGCGCGUCGUCCAAGGUACCAGAGCUCGAUGAAGCAGCGCUGGAGCAAUAUGGCGACAGCAACGACCCGUUCAGCGUGGAGCAGGCGGCCAUGUUGAUGACCAACUUCCAGCAACGCGCUGCCAUGUCGGGUCAGGAUAUGAACACUAUCCAGCCCGAGCCGCUCAUAUCGCCGCACGGUCCCCAAAUGCUGGAGCCUACCAUGCCAUAUCCCGGUUCGAUGACCCUGCCGCAAAUGAAUGGUUGGGAUCAGAUGGUGCCGCAAAGCGUCACCACGAGUGUCAUGACCAACGUACCUAACACGCUGCCACCCCUCAUGGAGCGCCAGCAGAGUCAGACGGAUGGCCUCCCCUCUUUCAGUCUGUCGUCUAUGAACAACGGUCUUUCGACCCCUGGCGCACUGUCCCCGUUCCCUUCCAUGCUCGGCCCAGUAUCGCCUGUUGAUUACCGCAGGUCGCCGGGCCCAGCACAGCAGUGCACCAUGACUAAGGCGCCUCAGCUGCAUUCAGAGGAUCAGAUCACAAGCAUUAUGGACAACAUACGAUACUGUGACAGCGAAGGCGCACUCAUUGAGACUUUCCGUCUUCCGCAGUUGUCUGUGCUGAACCACUACCUCUCAACCUACUUCAACUGCUUCCACCACCACCUACCGUUCCUGCACCCGGCAUCUUUCAAUCCCGCAACAGUGUCGGCGCCGUUAUUGCUGUCCGUGCUGUCCAUUGGUGCUUUGUACACCUUCGAGCAAGACCAAGCCUACAUGCUCCAUAUUGGAUCCAAGGUACUUGUCACGCAGUUCUUGCAGAAGAAAGACAACUUCAGCUCGCGCAAAUGUCCACUAUGGAUGAUGCAAAGCUCGCUGCUAAACAUGAGCUUCGCGAGCUGGAGUGGCGACCCCAAAGGCCUGGAGUGGGCUUGCUCGAUUAAAAGCUUGCUCGCCAACAUGGUGGCGGGCAACCGGUAUGAGCUCAAACUACGCAGCGAUGCUAGAGAGGGUCGGCAACCCACACAUGACGAGUGGAUUGAAGACGAGGGCUGCAGGCGGACGUACUACGCCGUCUACAUAUUCUUUGGUCUGCUGACACUGACGUACAAUCACACGCCUGCGAUCAGCUUUGACGAGUUUGACUCGCUGGAGCUACCGUCUUCAGAGACGCUUUGGAGUUUGGAGGCUACAGACAAUGAGAGCUGGGCGGAAAGCUUGACAGCAUCAACCAUCAUGACAUUCCGCGAAGCCCACGAUGCCUUGUUCUUAGGCGACACGGCGCGUUACAGUGCGUUCGCCACACGCGUGAUGAUCAAUGCGCUAUUUCUCGAGGUGUGGUAUCACAAGCGCAGCUCAGAGGCGCUGCAGGACGUUGUGACAGAGUACAAGCUUCGGCUCGCGCUCGACACUUGGGAGAAGUCGCUUGAGCUGUGUGAGCCAGAGACGGUGGUUGUGAAGCUUAGCGCGCCCCACAAGGGCCAUCCACUCAUAUUUAAUGCCAUGGCGAUCUACAGGAACACGCGAGCACGGCUGCUGGUCGACCUUAAGACGGUCCAGGAAGCGCUGCGAUACCACGACUCGUACGAGGUGGCUGCAGCCAUGACUCACGCCCGGGACAAAGUCAAGCGCAGCCAGGAGAUGCUGAACGUCAUCCAAGCCUGCUUCGACUGCAUCGAAGUCGCCGCCCUGCAAGGCAUCAGAUGGGUAGCCAGGACAAGCGCCACGAACUGGAGCAUCGAGCAUCCGCUCUGCGGCUUGGAUUUGAUUGUGAUUCUGAGCCUGUGGCUCUGGCGCGUCGAGCAUGACGAAGAGCCAGCGAGCACUGAAGAAAGCAAUAUGUAUCAGAAAAUCCGUGGUCUAUUCGAUGAUGACUCGGUCGAUGGCUACAACCAGAAGCUAAGCGCCACCGUGGCAAGGCUGUGGGGUAGCAUGAUUGACGAAGUUGUUGUUUGGGGUAUAACAAAGCUCAUGGGCGAGUCUUUCAAGCUGCACGCUCAGGCGCUGAACGGUUACGAAGACGCCGUGCUAGCUGGAGCUGCACCCGAAGCAGCGAACAACCGAACUACUCCACACGCACAACCGCAUGCGCAGGAGGUGACUGCCUUCUAA